AUAAGAAAAGCCGACGCUUCCUCACGCGGUCACUCCCCCUGGCCCACAUCAGAAGAAAUAUUUUCUUUUUUUUAUUAUUUAAUUAAAAAUAAAAGGAGUGAAAAUACAAUUUUUACAGAAGAAAGAAGAGUAAAUAGAGAGAGAAAGAAUCUCAUUCUGUUGAAAAGGUAAAACAGAAUAACGGAUAAACAAACGUUUGCGAUCUAUCCGAUUAGUUGCGAGAAGAAAGAAGAGGUCUUUGACUAUGAGCUCGGGGACAUCGGGCGGAGAAUCGCCGGGAAAGGAACCGAGUGGGAAGGCGAGUUCGACAACGUCCACGGACAAGCAAAAGGAGAAGGCGAGAGUGAGCAGGACUUCGCUGAUCUUGUGGCAUGCUCAUCAGAAUGAUGCCGGGGCUGUCCGCAAGCUUCUUGAGGAAGAUCGGUCUUUGGUUCACGCUAGGGAUUACGACAACCGUACGCCUCUCCACGUUGCUUCACUCCACGGCUGGAUCGACGUCGCCAAGUGCCUCCUCGAUUUUGGCGCCGAUGUCAACGCCCAAGAUCGCUGGAAGAAUACGCCUUUAGCUGAUGCAGAAGGAGCAAAGAAACAUACUAUGAUUGAGCUAUUAAAAUCAUAUGGUGGAUUAUCUUUCGGCCAAACUGGAAGCCAUUUUGAACCAAAGCCGGUUCCACCCCCUCUACCAAAUAAGUGUGACUGGGAAAUUGACCCUUCUGAGCUGGACUUCUCAAAUUCAAAUAUCAUAGGGAAGGGGUCGUUUGGUGAGAUUUUAAAGGCCAGUUGGCGAGGAACGCCUGUAGCUAUCAAACGCAUUCUUCCAUCACUUUCAGAUGACAGAUUAGUGAUUCAGGAUUUUCGGCAUGAGGUGAAUUUGCUUGUAAAGCUCCGCCAUCCUAACAUAGUUCAAUUCCUCGGAGCUGUCACUGAGAAGAAGCCUCUUAUGUUAAUUACUGAGUAUUUAAGAGGGGGUGAUCUUCAUCAGUAUCUCAAGGAAAAGGGUGCACUUCAUCCAUCAACAGCCAUCAACUUUGCAUUGGACAUUGCUAGGGGUAUGGCUUAUCUUCACAAUGAGCCAAAUGUAAUAAUUCAUCGAGACCUAAAACCAAGGAAUGUGCUUUUGGUUAACUCCAGCGCAGACCAUUUGAAAGUUGGAGACUUUGGACUGAGCAAGCUCAUCAAGGUUCAAAAUUCUCAUGAUGUCUACAAAAUGACUGGCGAGACAGGGAGUUAUCGUUAUAUGGCUCCUGAAGUUUUCAAGCACAGGAAAUAUGAUAAAAAGGUUGAUGUUUUCUCUUUUGCAAUGAUACUUUAUGAGAUGCUUGAAGGAGAACCACCAUUCUCAAAUUUUGAGCCUUAUGAAGCAGCUAAGUAUGUCGCAGAAGGACAACGGCCUAAUUUCCGUUCAAAAUCAUACCUUCCUGAACUGAGAGACUUAACAGUCAAGUGUUGGGCUGCUGACAUGAACCAAAGACCUUCAUUCUUGGAUAUUCUCAAGAGGCUUGAAAAGAUCAAGGAAAAUGUACCCGCAGAUCAUCAUUGGAAUAUAUUCAAUACAUGAUAUUCAAGAUUUGAUGAAAUCGAUGAUUAUAAAUCCAGUUUCCACUGGUCACCUCCAGCUCAUCCAUUUGCGCAGAUGGUAUUGUGAAUAGACUCACUGAGUAGCUUGUGAUAGAUUUUGUCAUGACUUGGAUUUCCUCAAUUCUUUCCAAAAUCAAUCAUGAAAGUAGGCGUGUCUGCAUUUCAACUCUUUAUUAUUUUGAAUACAAGCAAGAGAACCGAGGAGGUCAACCAAAUUGACAUAUAAAAUGUUUCCUCAUCUUGCAGAGUUUUAUUUUUCAUCUUUCAAUUGCAAUCCCUUAUGGUCACUACUGAUUAUGAGGAACAAUAUUAGGCAAAGCCAAUCUGUUUGUUGUUCUUUUUGAAAUGGCUGGACAAAGUUGUCGGGUCUUUAGGCUGAAUGCUUGUGUAUGUUGAAUUUGUGGACUUUGAAUGGGAUGACUUUUGAAUCA